AUGAAACAGCAAAUUAAGGAAAAGGAAGCUGAGAUGCAAAAACUUGUAAAAGAAAAUAAAUCUCUUAUUGAGCAAUUAGGAACACAGCAAAAACUGAUUGAGGGUUUAGAGAAGAAACUUGAUAUGACAGAAGAAUACAGCAUGGAGCUAGAAGACAGUAAAGUGAGACUGGAACAAGAAAUGCUGGAACAGAAGAAAAAAAUUGACGAACUGACAGUCAGCAGUCAUAAUAUUGCGGAACAGACUGGAAAUAAUGUAGAGGAGGAAUUACUGGCAUUGAAGCGAACAGACGAAGCUUCAGCAUACAAAUUAACCGAAAUUCAGACUUUGGUAGAUCAGGAAAAAACUAAAAUGCAAUCUUUAUUCGAUCAGGAAAAAGCCGAAAUGCAAGUCUCAAUGGACCGCGAAAAAGCCGAAAUCCAAGAUGAAUUAUCAGAUCUGCAGCAACAACUAAUGGAUCGUAAAAAUCUCAUAAAACAUUUGAAAAAAAAACUGCAACAUGCAACAGACGGUAACAGUCAACUUCAUCAACAACUGGAAGAACGGAGCGCACAGCUUGACGAAAUGCAUAAGGCGGUCGAUCAGUUAACUAUGCAAAGAAACGAAGAUGAUCAAAAAAUAUGCCAAGAACUGACCGAAACACAGAAGGAAUUGUGUGAAAUGCAGAAGGAUCUGACAGAAGCACGAGAGGCACUGACCGAAACACAGAAGCUGCUGGUUGAAACACAGGAGGAACUAACCGUAACACAGAUCGAAACACAAAAGCAGCAGGCGGAACUAAAGCAAAAAUUGAACGAAGCUUGCCAGCAGAAUGAAUUGCUAAAAGAUAGU